AUGCGCCCUGCAUCCAGCACGCCUACGGCGCUCAUCCUAAUUGACAUUCAAGAGGGCUUCAAGCAUCCUACCCACUGGGGACAGUCACGUAGCACGCCAAAAUUCGAAUCUAAUGUCGAGACGCUUCUGGCCACUGCGCGCAGAUACAACGAUGCGGCCAAGGCAUCCCCGGCUUUACAAAAGACUUCGGUUCUUGUGCUUCAUGUCCACCAUCAAUCCCUAUCACCCACAUCAGUCCUCCACCCGUCACACUAUCUCGAAGGCUCAUCAACACCGUCUACAACGCCUCUGCCGUUCGUAGCGCCCCUCGACCAAGAACUCGUAUUUAAGAAGCAGUUCAACAGCGCUUUCAUCGGCACUGCGCUCGAGGCGACACUCAAGUCCGCCGGUAUCCGGCAACUCGUAGUCGUCGGGUUAACAACAGACCACUGCGUGAGCACCACGACGCGAAUGGCGGCCAACCUUCAAGUUCUAGGCGACGAUGGAGGGCCAGAUGGCAACGGACAUGAUGUACAAGGCAUACUAGUAGUACGGGAUGCGGUUGCCACAUACGAAAAGGGUGGGUUUGACGCCGAAACUGUGCAUGCUGUCAACCUGGCUAGCCUGGAUGGAGAGUUUGCGAAAGUUGUAAGCACCGACGAGGUUUUGACGAGUGUGUUGAAUAUGUUCGCCAAGUUCAAGGUUCCGUACCUGCGUGGCCCAGGAACCACCGGCCCCACCACGGGAGUUCCUAUCGAUAAGCCUCAGCGGACAGCCGGUAGACGCGCCGCUUCGACCAAGGCCACCAAGGCCGUCUUCGCCCAAUCCAUUUUCAAAGAGACGACCCCGACAGCGUCAGCGCUGGCCCAGACGGGUAUCUGGACGACAAAGCCACGGGCAAAGAAGGGAGAAACAGUUAAAAAUGUCGCGGCUCAAUCCAAGACAAAGAAAAAGGUUAAAGGGGACAAGUCGCGUGUCAACAUUGUGGACGAGAAGCUAUGUGGGCCUACACUCGAAAGACAUGUGGGCUGCGACUUGGUCGACAUCAACCCGGGUGCCGGCGUCUGGAGCCGCAAGCUCCAAGAGGUGCUUCAACCGCGCUCCCACAUCCUCAUGGAACCCGACGAAGACCUGUACCGACCCUUCCUUGAACCGUUACUCGCCCAUUCAAAUACGCAAGUGAAAGCCCAGUCUGGAAUCCUUUGGAAUGAGCUCAACGAGGUGCUCGGCCACAUCCAGAACCAGACCCCUCGGCCAAGGGGCUCUGGUAUCGAGCCUACGCGCAACGACACACUCCUCGUGACGGCGAACCUCUCUUUCUACCCCAAGAAGCGUUACCGCAACUUCGAUUCCGUCGCAUCACUCGUGCUCUUCCAGCUCAUUAGCAGCAUCCGCACCGGCGCGCUUUUUCAAAAAUACGGCCUCGUACGCAUGCUGGUGUGGACUAAUAACGACGAUCAGCGCUCGUUCCUGGCAAGGAACCUGCAAGGCCGGCGCAAGUCGGCGCUUGAGGCCGAGUUCGCGUGCGAAUGGCUCGGCGUGGUCGCCGGCAAGGAAGCGCACGCGAACUCGGACUCCAAGAGAGAGGCCUGGCACGUUCGCGAUCGGUGGAUCGACGUUGAUAGCACGAAGGACACGCUGGCGAGGAUGAGAAAGAAUGGAUUUGAGAUGCCGGAAGGACGAAAACUGGAUUCUACAAAGCAGGCUGAACAAGGCGCCAUCAGCACUGGGCGUCACGCAGGCGAGCAAACGCCGUAUCUCAGCCGGCCGUACAUGGCGGAGCUCAAGGAGCUGGAAGGAGAGUUGGCGGCCGGCACACUCGAGACGUCGAAUACGUCAAAGCCCUGGAAACGCCUUAAAUUUCUGCGGCACCAAGUGAAAUCCCACGAAGAGGAUGCCGAAAACAACAAAAAUCUUGUGGCGGAGAUGUACGAGCUCAACCGGCUGCGCAUGACCAAGGCCAUCUCGGACGCGGAACUGGACGAGCGCGAGCGGGCGUGGGACGCCAAGGUCUCGGCGCUGGGCAAGAACUUUCUCAUCGACUUCCGUAUUAUCCGUGACAACUUGCAUGUCUUUCGGCAGGACCCGCCGGUGAUGCUUUGGGACCGGCGUCCCUACGAGCCGCUCGCCGUCAAGCCGGCAGAGUUCUUUCCCAAUGUCGAGUGCUGCCUGCUGGACAUCCAGCCAAAGGCCAUGCACCCUCUGCUCCGGCAGUCCGGGCCGGGCACGUCGAGAGCGGGCGACAUGUUUGAACUGUUCCGGGGGUCGAUGCUGGCUCAGGGCCUGGAGCCCGUCAGUAAGUCUCUCGAGCGCAUCUGGCCCGGGGCUUCGGAGGGCAUCCUGCCAAACUGCCCCAGCCUGCGGGACCCGGCGCAGGGCGGGCUGGCUGGCAAGGGGCAUGGGGAGCUCUGCUCCAGGGUCCUGAAUGAAACGCAAUGGACUGAGUUGCUGGAGGCGUUCAUGGCGUGGCCAUUUCGGCCAUCGUACGAGGAGAUGAUUGGGCGGCUGGCGGACGACAUCGAGCCCGCGGAUGACGAUAACGGCGGCGGCAGCAGCAUGUCGACGGAUGCGGCACUGUCGUAA